AAGUGAAAGAGUAUACAGUGGAGGUGUAACCCCUAUGUGAGAGACAUGCGGUGAACACAUGAAGCAGCAUUAAAUACACGACGAGUGUGGAUCUUAUGAAGAACGUUAGGAGUUAGUGGUGAUGGCGGAUUAACGCGAAAAUAUCAGCUUUGCCCGGAUUUUGUGUGUCGGUGUAGAGAGCAGUGUCUUGUAUGACAUUGACAUUGGACUUGUUCGUUUCUGCUUCCUGUUAACUCUCACCUGAAAUCAGCAAAGAAUGUUCUAUAAAGAUUUCUAAAUUCUUUACUUGUUUUUAAGCUAGCUUUCUUAUCGCAAGAUUGUUGUAAUACUCCAAGGGCAAUGUCUCUAGUUUUCCCGCGGCCCAACACUAGCGCAGUCGGCAAAAAGGACAAGCGACUCAUGGCAGAGGUCAACGCUUCCCCGCUCAAGCACUUCGUCACCGCCAAGAAGAAAAUCAACGGCAUCUUUGAGCAACUCGGCGCCUACAUCAAGGAGAGCUCAGGCUUUCUGGAAGAGACCUACAGCAAUGAGGAGCUGGAUCCAGUCACUACAGAGGAGCAGGUGGCCGAGGUACGGGGUUACCUGUCUAAGGUGGCAGGGAUCGGCGAGGUGCUGUCUCGUAGACACAUGAAAGUGGUGUUUUUUGGCAGGACAAGCAACGGAAAAAGCUCAGUGAUCAAUGCCAUGCUGUGGGACAAAGUGCUACCGUCGGGCAUCGGCCACACCACCAACUGCUUCCUGCGAGUAGAGGGGACCGACGGCAACGACGCGUUCCUGCUUACAGAAGGAUCAGAGGAAAAGAAGAGCGUUAAAACAGUGAACCAGCUGGCCCAUGCCCUACAUCAGGAUCAGGAGCUGGAUGCAGGCAGUUUGGUGUGUGUCAUGUGGCCUAAAGCUAAGUGCGCUUUACUGCGUGAUGACCUGGUCCUGGUGGACAGCCCCGGCAUCGAUGUCACCACAGAGCUGGACAGCUGGAUCGACAAGUUUUGUCUGGAUGCUGACGUGUUUGUGCUUGUAGCCAAUUCUGAAUCUACGCUGAUGCAAACAGAGAAAUCAUUUUUUCACAAGGUGAAUGAGAGACUAUCAAGUCCUAACAUCUUCAUCUUGAACAACCGCUGGGACGCGUCAGCCAGCGAGCCUGAGUACAUGGAGGAGGUUCGCCGCCAGCACAUGGACCGCUGCACCAGUUUCCUGGUAGAAGAACUGGGAGUGGUGGACCGAGCGCAGGCCAGCGACCGAAUCUUCUUUGUUUCCGCUAAAGAAGUUCUGCAGGCACGUGUGCAGAAGGCCCAGGGCAUGCCUGAAGCAGGAGGUGCGCUGGCUGAGGGAUUUCAAGCCCGAAUGUUCGAGUUUCAGAAUUUCGAGCGGCGUUUUGAAGAGUGCAUCUCCCAGUCGGCGGUGAAGACCAAGUUUGAGCAGCACACCGUUCGGGCCAAGCAGAUAUCAGAAGCACUGCGACUCAUCAUGGACUCUGUGCACGUGGCAGCCCAAGAGCAGAGGAUCCACUGCAUGGAAACAAAAGAGGAGCGGGAGGACCGGCUGGAGUUCAUCGAUAAGCAGCUGGACCUGCUCACCCAGGACUGCAAGAGUAAGAUCAAGAAGAUCACAGAGGAGGUGGAAAAACAGGUGUCAAAUGCAAUGGCUGAGGAGAUCAGGAGACUGAACGUGCUGGUAGACGAAUUUCACAUGGACUUCCAUCCGUCACAAGUGGUUAUAAAAGUCUACAAGAACGAGCUUCACAAGCAUAUUGAAGAGGGUCUGGGUAGGAAUAUGUCUGACAGGUGUUCCAACGCCAUCAGUGCAGCACUGCACAGCACAAAAACUGAAAUGAUCGAUGGCCUGAAGCCUUUGCUGCCCACCUCAAUAAGGGAGCAAGUGGAUAAGAUGGUGGCACCCAGACAGUGCUUCAGUCUCUGCUACGACCUCAACUGUGACAAGCUGUGCAGUGACUUCCAGGAGGACAUCGGCUUCCACUUCUCCUUGGGCUGGACCAUGCUGGUCAAUCGCUUUCUUGGUCCUAAGAACACCCGACGUGCCCUUAUGGGCUACAACGACCAGGUUCCCAGGCCUUUGGCAAUCACUCCUGUUGGUACCGCUAUGCCCCCCUUCCCACAAGGCUCCAUGACCCAAGAAGAGCUCAUGGUCUCUAUGGUGACAGGACUUGCUUCUCUCACGUCCCGGACGUCCAUGGGCAUCAUAGUCGUUGGAGGAGUGAUCUGGAAGGCUGUUGGGUGGAGGCUCAUCGCUCUGUCAGUGGGGCUCUAUGGCCUUCUUUAUGUGUACGAGAGGCUCACAUGGACCACUAAGGCGAAAGAACGAGCCUUCAAGAGGCAGUUUGUGGACUACGCCAGUGAGAAGCUGCAGCUCAUGGUCAGCUACACCGGCUCCAACUGCAGCCACCAAGUCCAGCAAGAACUGGCAGGCACCUUCAACCAGCUCUGCCAGCAGGUCGAUGUUACACGACAGCAGCUGGAGGAAGACAUUCAGGACAUGAACUGCAAGAUCGAACAGCUGGACACUUUACAGAGCAAAGCCAAGCUGCUCAGGAACAAAGCCGGCUGGUUGGACAGCGAGCUGAACAUGUUCACCCAACAGUACCUUCAUCAGAGCCGAUAAAGGAACACCGGCAUAAUUAUUUAACAACGUGACCAAGACCAACACUCUUCACUUCUAACUGCUACCUAAAAGUGUUGCAAAACACGGCCAAAUUUACUCCCCCCUUUCAGUCGAUUCUGUGCGUUCUCCUUAUGCAUAUAAUGAGAUCUUUAAGCCAUGCUUUUACAGAAGAGAUGAGGAAGAUUUAAUAAUUAACAAGUCAAUCGGAAGUCAGAAACGACUGCCUUGUUUUCUACUGGCAUUUCAUUUUCACUUGCCUUGGUGGAUUCUGAAAUAGUAAACUUGCACCUUAAAGACAGGCAACCUUUUUUUUUGAGGUUUUUUGUUUUCUUUUGGCAAAUAGAUUUUUGUUGUGUGUGUGUUUUGAAUUCAUUAUUUAUUAUUUGCAUUGUUGAGUUGUUUACCUUGUUGUCUUGUCUUGGAUGUGGCCAGUGGGAUUUACAGUGAUGGUUCCUGUAUGCUAAAAAGCCAUGGAGGAAAAGAAUAGGAGAUUGCAAAUGCAUCCUUAUCUUCUCUGUUAUUAAGCUUGUAUAAUGAAACACAUAAUGUAUAAUGGAAAUAAAGUUUUGCAGUCAUAACUCAGCUCAACAGGGUGGAUGUAGUUUAGGUGAUCGUUAAGAAAUGUAACCAAACGCUUAGUGUCUGAGGAUGUGCAAAAAGGACAACAUUGUGUCUGCAUUGCUUUAGUUAAAUGUGUGGGAAAACUCUUUACAUGGAGAAAUUUUGAACUAAAAUGCAUAAUGCAAGGCAUCAGACAAUAAUAUCCCCCAAAUAUUGCAAGUGGAGAAUAUAUAAACAUUUGUAUACUUCAUGCCAGGCAUUUUGACAUCCGGUAUCUGAUUCCAAACCUAUUUGCUGAGGCUUAUGUCUGUUUUGCUAUCUGAUAACUACAGUAUGAUGUGUGGAAAGCACACUAAGCUAACAAGGUUUCCUUACCAAAUACGAUCUUUGUAGUAAAAUGGCAAAAAAAAAACCCGCCGAUUUUUGAAUUUAUCUAGCAGGUUCUGAGCGCUAACAAAACAUGAAAUAUCCUCAAGAGGGAAAAUGGCAGUUAUGUUUACGGACUACUAUUUAAUCUUGUUCGAAUGAAUGAAAUGUCUCCGGGAUUUGUGACGUAUCACUUCGCCGAAUUGUCUUACACUGAGAUUGAUAAAAAAAAAAAAUACAUUACUACUUUGUGUGUGUGUGUGUAAAAAUAAUAAUCACCAGUCCAUCGCUGUUUCCACCUUGUGUGUAAUAGCUGUUCAGCUUGGAUUAUAGUUUGUGCCAAGUGUUUUAAGAAGAGAUCUGAAGAGUCCUUCACUUAUUUUGCACUUUACUAUUGCUGCUUUUUGAUUAUUAUUUGUUGUUGCUGUUGGCAGGUAUUCAGCAAGUGAAAUGAAAUAAAGAACAAUUGAUCUUUAGAUUCCAUGUCAGUAGUAAUGUAUAGCGGCGCAUGCUUUGACUAAUGUAACACAAUGUCUUGUAUUCCACAUGUUAAAACGAAAUAAACUUGAUACCACCAGA